AAAAUAUUAGCAUGUCGAAACGUGUUAGCAAAAAGCAUAGGGCUAGCACUGAUUCUACCGAAGUAGAAUCGACAAAAAAGCAGAAAAUAUUUAAUAAUAUUGUACGCGUAAAUACAGGAAAACAGUAUACUGUGAGCGUUGCGCUUCCUGGCUCGAUAGUUGAAAAUGCUCAAUCAAAUGAACUUAAAACAUAUUUGGCUGGACAGCUUGCGCGUGCUUUCACGAUAUUUAAUGUGGAUGAAGUAGUCGUCUUCAAUGAAUCGGGAACAUUGCGAAAUUCAGAUAAAAAUCUGCAAGGAGAGCCCAGUCGUAAAAAAAAGCAAAGCGAAAAUAUUUCUUCCGAUCCAAAUAUUUUUUUGGCCAGGAUAUUACAAUAUUUGGAGACUCCCCAAUAUUUACGCAAAGAUAUAUUUCCCGUUCAUCAAGAUCUUAGAUAUGCUGGCUUGCUGAAUCCAUUAGAUUGUCCACAUCACGUUCGUCAAGAUGAGAAGUGUCCGUUUAGAGAAGGUGUCGUAAUUGACAAAAAGAUUAAAAAAGGUUCUUUGGUCAAUGCUGGACUCACUAAGCAUGUAAUAAUUGAUCGUUCAAUCAAACCAGGAAUUCGCGUAACUUUGGAUAUGGAGAAUUAUGAUGUUGUUAAAGCUGCUAAGGUGGUAUCACCAAAAACUCCGCGACAAAAUGGCUUUUAUUGGGGCUAUCAAGUUCGCAUGGCAGAUUCGAUAUCAAAAGUGUUCACAGAAUGUCCAUUUCCACAGUCUGGGUACGACCUAACUAUAGGAACAUCCGAACGUGGUAAGGUUGUUCAUAACCCGGUAGAUGAAUUACCAGAAUUUAGCCAUUUACUAAUUAUGUUCGGUGGUUUGGGAGGACUUGAGACUUCCAUUGAUGCGGAUCAAGAUUUAAAAUGUACUGGCGAAGAAGCAGAUGCUUUGUUUGAUUUAUGGAUAAACACAUGCCCUGGUCAAGGAAGUCGAACAAUAAGAACUGAGGAAGCAGUGCUAAUUACAAUGGCAACUUUAAGAGUUGCAAUUGUCAAGAAAGGAAGAACAACAAGUAAAUAUAUUGAUGAAAACUAA